AUGCAGGAGUGCCCCCAGGGCCCCCAGGGCCCCCAGGGCCCCCAGGGGCCCCAGGGCCCGGCGCAGCCCCCCGCGGGGGCCCCCCAGGCCCCUCAGGAGCCCCAGGGGCCCCCGGGGCCCCCCGGGGGCCCCCCGGGGCCCCCCGGGGGCCCCCCGGGGCCCCCGGGGGGGCUGGGGGGCCCCCAGGGGCCCCUGACCGAGGGGGAACACAGCUACUACUCCGGGGAGUCCGUCUGUUUCGUGGAAAGUUGUCUUUUGAGUUUUAAUUCUCGAGAAACUUUGGCAGUUUUUUAUGACUCUUUGCACGGCCGAGUCGUGCAGCAGCAAAAGGACCUUUUGACCAUCCACGACUGCCAGCAGCAGCACCCCAAGCUGCAGCGCCAGUACCCUCUCAGGUCCGCCGCCCCGCCCUCCAGGGGGGCCCCCGGGGGCCCCCAGGGGCCCCCCGGGGGCCCCAGGGGGCCCCAGGGGGCCCCAGGGGGCCCCGGGGGGCCCCGGGGGGCCCCGGGGGGCCCCGGGGGUCCCCGGGGGGCCCCGGGGGGCCCCCGGGGGCCCCCGGGGGAGCCCAGGAGGCCCCAGGGGGCCCCUGCUGCUGCUGCAGCUGUUUCGCAAGGCUGCUUGAAUGUGCGCGGCAGCUAG